CAGAACUAGGUCAAACGGAAACAAUUCGCCCAUACACAAAGUGAUAUGUCUGGAGGAGGUGGCUGGUUUGUAUUUAUUGAACUGAUUCGUCAAGUCAAGUAAAGAUAAAGACUUGCGGAAUCUACUAAUGAGAAUUGGAUUUCAUGACCUAAGGAUUCAUUGCAUUACAUGGAGGAGGACAUUAAGUGCAGAAUAGAUUGGAGUACAAAACAAUUUUGACAAAACAAGGGCAGGACAAAGGAAAUAAAUUGAAAGAACUGAAGUGAUUAGCAAGAUGUGGGCUUUCGAGUUCAGAGGGAAACAAUCAAGUAAGAGAGAGAUCCAACUUGACUGCGCGGUUUAGAGAACCUUUGUAGUAACAUUGUGCUAUUUUUAUCAAGUAAGUUGAAGCCGGUUUAGAAAAGGGUCUUUUUAAAAUUAAAUUCUCAUGAAGAAUAAGCGCGGAAAAAAAAAGAGUAAAGGCAAGAACUGUCAAAGGUAUGGCAGAGAAAACACAGCUAACGCCAGUGAAAUGAAUUCGCUUACAGAAAAGGUCAAGGACAUAAAAUCAGGUAGAUUUCAGUUCAGUCUUGUUGGUGAUGAUCAUUACAGUUUUUACGAGAGAACUUCAGUGAAACUCGAGGCCAAGAAGGGAUGUAAAAGUUCUGAAUGUUCUAUUGAGAAUGAAGGAGUACAAACGAAAUCCAAGGAGACUAAAGGUCAACAUAGAUCGGCUUUGCCGCCUUUGAAAGAUUUAACAAAAUCACAACAACGGAAGCAGUUGACAAGAAACGCUUGUGGUCAAUCGAAACUCGAUACGACACUUCGAAACGACGGAAAUCACAGGAAAGAAAACAUUACCUCAACCUCCUCUGAGAAGUCAAAGACGCUUGCGAGCGUAUCUUUUGUAGGUAUAUACGAUUUGGAUGACAUGAAUAACACCCAAGUAAACAGGGAAUAUGGUGUUUUAAACUUAGACAAUGAAAAAAAGGUUGAAGGAGAAAGCGAUGAAGACAAAUCCAGAGAACAGGUCGAAAAAACGUCAGGGUAUGUAAUUCAAACUUUAACGCUUGAAGGGGAGAGUCAUUUCAAUAGGAAGGAAUCACUCCAUAAUAAACUCAUCCUUCCUGGAAUAAAACAGAACAAAAAGUUUAUUGGCGAUAAAGUUGAAACAUUUCAGAGACGCGAAACAUUGUUUAAAGAAAGAGAAAAAAACAACAGACUUCCAAGCUUAGUUCAUAGUAACCAGAGACCUCCUAGGAUUGUUCAACGCUUUUCAAAACGGAUUCAGGGCAAUCGUAGGGGAAAAACUCGAACAAAUCAUAAGUCUUUUGAACAAGUUUAUUUAGAGAGAGAAAUUCCUCGGUUGCCACUUGUUUUAAAUGGACGAAUAACUCAAUUUUGAUUUCCUCAAACUCUACUUUAAUUACGAUUGGUUGUAUGCAAGUCUCUUCUUUUCUUUCCAUUUCCGUGAUUCACAGUGCAGUCA